AUGAAGGCUGGUUUGAAUAAUCCUACAUGUGAAUCAGAUCCUGUGGAGAAAGAGAGGGUAGAAGGAAUGGAGGAUAGUCGAGGAAGGAAGGAAGAGAAAGGAGAAAACAAAAUCUCAGAUGCUUCCGAGAGAAAGAGGAAAACGAAGUCAGAAAAAGAUAAAGAGGAAGACGGACAGCGUUCACAGCGAAAAAAGAAGCUGAAAAGUAGAGAGCAAAUGUCGGAAAGACGAAAAAAGAAAAAAAAGAGCCACGAUGCUUCCGGGAGAAAGAGGAAAAUGAAGUCAGAAAAGGAUAAAGAGCAGGACGGACAGCGGUCAGAGCGAAGAAAGAAGUUGAAAAUUCCCACUUCCAUGAACGUUGGUUCGGAUAAUCCUACUGGUGAAUCGAAGCGUGUAAAGAAGGAGAAGAAGGAUGAUAAGGAUAAGAAGGAGGAUAAGGAGAAGAAGGAUGAUAAGGAGAAGAAGGAUGAGAAAGAGAAAUUUGCGGAAGUUUCUGAAAGAAGGAAAAAACAGAAAGAAGAAAAAGAAAGAGAUAGAACAGUGGAUGUUUCUGAGAGAAAGAGAAAAGCAAAAAAAGAAAAAGAGAAAGGCGCAGAUGCUUCUGAACGAAGGAGAAAAAUGAAGGCAGAAAAGGAGAAGGAGAAAGAUGCACAGCUUUCCGAGCGAAAGAAAAAGCAGCAAAGCAGCGAUAACAAGAGUGAAAAGUCGGAAAGACGGAAAAAAGACAAGAAGCCGAGCGUAAUGCUUAAAGUAACAGAACAGUUAGAACGAUCAAAGGAAGCCGGAAAAAGCAUAGAGGAUAAAAAGAAAGAAAUGUCUAUUGAAAAGGUGUCGGAUGCAUCCGAACGAAAGAAGAAGAAACAACAGAGUUUCUUGAAAUUACGCGUGAAAAAGUUCGUGACUUCUUUACAAAAACCGGACAAUAAAGAUACGAAGCCGAAAGAAAACCUUGACAAAAUAGGAACCGCUGAAAAACUUAACAGGGAUAAAGCUCCUAAGGGACCCACAGAAGUACAAAAAACUGCAUUCACCACGUUCGUCAAAGGAGUUUUUGAGAAUGGAGUCGAAGGCCUAAUAAAAGAGUUUGCGAUACUCAAACCUUAUCUUGCUACUAAUUACUCGAGAGAAAUCUUUGAUCAAAAUAUGGCAAAAAACAGAUAUAAAGAUGUCAUUUGUAACGACAACACUCGGGUUAUCAUAAAAGACGGAAAAGGUUCCGAUUAUAUCCAUGCUAAUUAUGUGAAGGGGAACAAUCUUCUUAAUACAUUCAUAUGUACGCAGGGCCCUAUGAUUAACACGAUCGCAGAUUUUUGGCGUAUGGUGUUAUGCGAACAAGUUUCACAUAUUGUAAUGUUAUGUGAUACUAUAGAAUGUGGAAAGAGUAAAUGCGAACAAUACUGGCCAAAUUCUCAAGAUGAGAAAAUGGAGGUUGGAGACCUGGUGCUCACUAACAUAAAGAUGAAUACAAGCGAUAGUCAUGUAACGAGAUCAACAAUCUCAGUACAAGUUAAUAACGGUCCACACUAUUUUGUGAAACAUCACCGAUGGAAAACAUGGCCUGACAAGACCGUACCAAAAUCGUUAUUGGCUGUCUUUCGGAUUUUGCAAGUAGUACGCAGCACUCCUAAUCCAAUCAUUGUACAUUGCUCUGCAGGUAUAGGGCGAACGGGAUCAAUGGUCGCUAUCGAGAUGUCCUUACAAACUUUGCUUGCUGGUGAGAAAUUGAACUUAUUGGAAACAUGCCGUAAAUUGAGAGAUCAACGAAUGCAUAGCGUACAAGUAGAAGUACAGUACGUCUACAUAGCUGAGGCAUUGUGCGAAUACGGUAGAGCUAUGGGCUACUGGAAUCAACCAGAACUUCUUCAGAUGUUCACCAAAUUCAAGACCUCGUUCGAUGAAUAUGUAGCCAGACUGCCUGUUCCCGGUCAACCACCUGCACAGAUGCCCGCUCAACAGCAAAAUGCUCCGCCGCCUAACGUUCCAGGUCCACUCCCUCGUCAAAAUACGCCGGCACUAUUACCCAAUAUCGAGCCACUGCCACCUAUUGGUCUUGUACGAGCACAACCGGUGCAACCGCAGCUCAAUCCGAUUGGACCGCCGCCGGCAGCACCAGCGCAGCCGCAGGUAGCACCAGUGCAGCCACAGGCAGCACCAGCGCAGCCAAAUUUAGGCGCUGUUCCUAAUGGAGUUUUUCAAGCACCGGGUAUAACGCCAGAACAACAGCAACGAGUAUUACAAACUCCGGUAGUGGUUCCAACUGUCUGA